AUGCCCUCCCGUUCAUCCUCCCCAGCAGCGUCGCUAGCUACCUCAGUCUCGCUAGAUUCCAGUGCUGAAGGCACCCAGGCGCCUCAGACAUAUGUCGAUAAGAAAUCCGUCACGCCUACGUCCUCGCCGAGGGGCCUACCUGACUUGGAGCAGGGCCUGAUCAACCAUCUGGUCCAGGCGCUGGAGAAGAUGCUGAUCAAGGAGAUGAAACAGCACGUGAAGCCCAUGUCUGCCAGAAGAGGCCUCUUGGCCAGGCUCCUGGUCAUUCCAGAGCUUGACGAUGCCAGAAACUACACCCCCAACAUCAAGUUCGUCAUCGUCAUCAUUGUCGCUUUCGCAGGUAUAUCGGGCCCCAUGGGUACAAGUAUCAUCUUACCUGCCGUCAGCGACGUUUCACAAGACCUAGAUACGACCUCCUCCAUCGUCAACGUCUCCGUCGGUAUCUACCUUAUCUCCUUGGGUGUGUUCCCCAUCUGGUGGUCCAACUUUUCCGAAAAGCACGGCAGAAGAAGCGUCUACGUGGUGUCGUUCAUCUGGUUUUUUGCAUUUUCCAUUGGUUGCUGCUUAGCUCCCUCCAUCAGCUCCCUCAUUGUGCUUCGUCUCUUGGCAGGUGUGGGUGCCUCUGCUGUUCAGGCAUGUGGUGCUGCUACCGUUAGUGAUUUGUACAUCCAAGAAGAGCGUGGAUACGCUUUGGGACUUUUUUACCUUGGUCCUCUUCUUGGGCCCUUCCUUUCGCCAGUUAUCGGUGGUGCUGUGGCUCAGGCUUGGGGCUGGAGAGCUACCAUGUGGGUCAUGGUGAUUGUCUGUGGACUUAACGUCCUCACCAUUAUCUUCCUUUUACCAGAAACCCUCAGAACUGAGGACUCCAUGAUCGCCAUGAAAGGCAGACUCAAGGAGGAAUUGGGCUCGCCAGGACUGGAUCCGGAUGCCCCUACUGAAGACGCCAUCACCAGAUAUGCCACCAACAUGUCCCAAAACUCUUCCUUGAGAAGGGAAGUUCUCAAUGAUGAAACCGCUUGUGACCCAGUUUUGCCCACCUUGAAUAGACUCACCACUAACCAGCUGGCCUACUCCAGACGCAUCAAGGAGCAAGAAUUAAUCCAGGCAGAAAGCAAGCCUCCAGUGGACCACACCAAAUGGUCCCAUCUCCUUUACGACUACUUCAUCAGACCUACUCACGCCCUCAUCCUCCUCACUUAUCCCCCAGUCACACUUACCAUUGCCUACUCGUCCAUCUGUUUCUGUGUCAUUUACUUUUUCAACAUCACCAUCACAGAGGUCUACGGUGGUGAUCCAUACAACUUCAGUGUUGUCAUUGUGGGUUUGAUGUAUAUCCCUAAUUCUGUUACCUACUUGAUGGCCUCGGUUUUCGGAGGAAAGUGGAAUGACUGGCUUAUCAAACGACUGGCUAAGCGCCAUGGUGAAUUGAGACCAGAGUCUCGUCUCUCGUGGAAUGUCAUUACUGCUGUUGCUCUCUACCCACCAGCAUGUUUGAUUUUCGGUUGGUGUCUCAAGUACGGUGAGCACUGGGUCACUCCAUUGAUUGGAACGGCGCUUUUCGGUUUUUCCUCGAUGCUUGUCAUUGGUGUCACCGUGACAUACCUUAUCGAUGUCUUGCCUGGUAAAGGUGCUACUGGUGUUGCCUUGAACAACUUGGUCCGUCAAGUCCUCGCAGCUGUGGCUAUCUUCGUCACUGUUCCUUUGAUCAAUGCCUUGGGAACAGGUGUCUUGUUCUCCAUUAUCAUGGGCGUUAUUCUUGUGGCAAGCUUCAUCAUAUUAUAUCUUAAACGUACUGGUGGAUCUCUCCGUGAGCGUUAUGAUAUUAUGGACUACUAUGCGCGUCUCUAG